AUGGUCACGGCUGGAAUGUUCAUCCUCAGCCUGGGAGGCACCGUCCUGCUCCCAGCACUGGCCUCAGCAGGCACCCAGGGGAGCCGGAUCAUCGGGGGAAAGGCGGCGGCACCCCACUCCUGGCCCUUCAUUGCCUCCAUCCAGAUAAAUGGGGAGCAUGUCUGCGGGGGCUUCCUGGUGUGGCCCAUGUGGGUGAUGACAGCAGCCCACUGCCUCAUUCCCAGGCACAGCCCCUCGGUGCGCGUGGUGCUGGGCGCCCACAGGCUGGAAGAGCCCGAGGCAUCCCAGCAGAUCUUCCGUGUCGACAAGUCCAUCGCCCACCUGUACUACGACCCCUACUCGGGGGACAACGACAUCCGCCUGCUCAAGCUGGACAGGUCAGCCACGCUGAACGAGUAUGUGAAGCUGGCCCACCUGCCCUCACCACACGUCGACCUGAAUCCCGGCACCGUCUGCUACGUGGCGGGCUGGGGGGACAUCUCCAGCUCCGGCAACCAGCCCACUGAGCUGAUGGAGACCAGCACCACUAUCGCCAAGUGGAGCCUCUGCCGAACGCUGUGGAGGGGCAGGGUCUCGACCAACAUGCUGUGCGCGGCCAGCCACAACACCACACUGCAGGGCGUCUGCUCAGGUGACUCUGGGGGACCCCUGAUCUUCAACAAAAAGGUUUAUGGCAUCGUCUCCUUCUCUGGGAAGAGAUGUGGGGACCGCCGGUACCCUGAUAUCUACACCAAGAUCUCCAACUACAUCGACUGGGUGCAUCGCAUCGUGCAAAGGCAACACCAUCAGAAGGGGCAGCCGAAGCCCUAG